CGGAGUGGGUGACGUGUCGGGGAUACUGGCCCAGGAAGUGCCGUGGCAGUGGAGGUGCUGCCGCGUCAAGCUACGAACUGAGGGGAAUAAAAAGGCCUUAUUUUAAGAAAAACAUCGCAAAACGAAACUGUAACAUUUUUUUAAAACAAUAACGUGUUAGGAGACCAGCGUUAUAGUACAUCUUUUCAUUGGCUGGGGACAAUGUUGACUAAAUUUGAGACGAAGUCGGCCCGAGUCAAAGGCUUGAGUUUCCACCCCAAACGGCCCUGGAUUCUGGCCAGUCUUCACAAUGGAGUCAUCCAGCUCUGGGACUACCGCAUGUGCACCCUGAUCGACAAGUUUGAUGAACACGAUGGCCCAGUUCGCGGGAUUGAUUUUCAUAAGCAGCAGCCUCUGUUUGUUUCUGGAGGUGACGACUACAAGAUCAAGGUAUGGAACUACAAACUGCGGCGUUGCCUCUUCACUCUGCUGGGUCACCUGGACUACAUCCGCACCACUUUCUUCCACCAUGAGUACCCGUGGAUCUUGAGUGCGUCUGACGAUCAGACCAUCCGUAUCUGGAACUGGCAGUCCAGAACCUGCGUGUGCGUCCUGACGGGACACAACCACUACGUGAUGUGUGCCCAGUUCCACCCCUCUGAAGACCUGGUGGUGUCGGCCAGUCUGGACCAGACCGUGCGGGUGUGGGAUAUCUCUGGUUUGCGGAAGAAAAACCUGUCCCCGGGCACCAUGGAAACGGAAGUGCGGGGAAUCUCGGGAGUGGACUUGUUUGGGGCGUCAGACGCCGUGGUGAAGCACGUGCUGGAGGGUCACGAUCGCGGGGUGAACUGGGCCGCCUUCCAUCCCAGCAUGCCUCUCAUCGUGUCUGGAGCCGACGACCGACAGGUCAAGAUCUGGAGGAUGAACGAGUCGAAGGCGUGGGAGCUGGACACCUGUAGGGGGCACUACAACAACGUGUCCUGCGCCGUGUUCCACCCGCGCCAGGAGCUGAUCCUGUCCAACUCGGAGGACAAGAGCAUCCGCGUGUGGGACAUGUCCAAACGCACGGGGGUGCAGACCUUCCGCCGCGACCACGACCGCUUCUGGGUGCUGGGGGCGCACCCCAACCUCAACCUGUUUGCUGCAGGGCAUGACAGUGGCAUGCUGGUGUUUAAGCUGGAGCGCGAGCGCCCGGCCUACGCUGUCUACGGGAACAUGCUCUACUACGUCAAAGAGCGCUUCCUGCGCCAGCUCGACUUCCACAGCAGCAAGGACACGGCCGUCAUGCAGCUGCGCAGCGGAUCUAAAUUCCCAGUGUUCAGCAUGUCUUACAACCCAGCAGAGAAUGCAGUCCUGCUCUGCACUAGGGCGACAAACCUGGAGAACAGCACCUAUGACCUCUAUACAAUCCCCCGAGACAGCGACUCCCAGAAUCCUGAUGCUCCUGAAGGAAAGCGCUCCUCCGGUCUGACUGCCGUCUGGGUCGCAAGGAACCGCUUCGCUGUGCUGGACCGCAUGCACUCUCUGCUGAUUAAAAACCUGAAGAAUGAGAUAGUGAAGAAGGUGUCGGUGCCGAGCUGCGAGGAGAUCUUCUACGCCGGGACGGGCUCCCUGCUGCUGCGGGACGCCGAUGGGGUCACGCUCUUCGACGUGCAGCAGAAGCGCUCCCUCGCCACCGUCAAAAUCUCCAAGGUCAAAUACGUGGUGUGGUCCUCCGACACCAGCCACGUGGCCCUGCUGGCCAAACACGCCAUCAUGAUCUGCAACAGGAAGUUGGAGAGUCUGUGCAACAUCCACGAGAACAUCCGGGUCAAGAGUGGGGCCUGGGACGAGAGCGGAGUCUUCAUCUACACCACCUCCAACCACAUCAAAUACGCCCUCACCUCCGGAGAUCAUGGUAUAAUCCGGACACUGGACCUGCCCAUCUACGUGACGCGGGUUCGGGGGAACAGUGUGUACUGCCUGGACCGAGAGUGCCGUCCACGCGUGCUGACGAUCGACCCCACCGAGUACCGCUUCAAACUGGCCCUGGUCAACCGCAAGUACGAGGAGGUGCUGCACAUGGUGCGAAACGCUAAGCUGGUGGGCCAGUCCAUCAUCGCCUACCUGCAGAAGAAGGGCUACCCAGAGGUGGCGCUGCACUUCGUCAAAGAUGAGAAGACCCGCUUCAGCCUGGCUCUGGAGUGUGGCAACAUCGAGGUGGCGCUGGAGGCAGCAAAGGCCCUGGAUGAGAGAGGCUGCUGGGAGCGGCUGGGAGAGGCUGCACUGCUGCAGGGUCACCACCAGGUGGUGGAGAUGUGCUACCAGAGAACCAAGAAUUUCGACAAACUCACCUUCCUGUACCUCAUCACCGGCAACCUGGCCAAGCUGCGCAAGAUGAUGAAAAUAGCGGAGAUCAGGAAGGAUAUGAGCGGGCACUAUCAGGGUGCUCUGUACCUGGGGGACGUCAGCGAGAGAGUCCGAAUUCUCAAGAGCUGCGGCCAGAAGUCCCUGGCGUAUCUGACUGCUGCCACUCACGGGAUGGACGAAGAGGCAGAGGCCCUGAAGGAGACCUUCGACCCCGAGAAAGAGACGGUGCCGGACAUCGACCCCGACGCCCAGCUGCUGCAGCCGCCGCCUCCCAUCAACCCCCUGGACACGAACUGGCCCCUGCUCACCGUGUCCAAGGGCUUCUUCGAGGGAGCCAUAGCUGCGAAGGGUAAAGCCGGGCAGAUGGCUGCAGAUUUGGACAUGGACGCUCCUGGAGGGGAGGGUUGGGGGGAGGAUGCUGAGCUGCAACUGGACGAGGACGGGUUCAUGGAUGCGCAGGAUGGAGUGGUGGAUGAAGGAGGCAAAGAGGAGGGAGGAGGCUGGGAGGUUGAGGAGGACUUGGACCUGCCUCCAGAGCUGGAGCUGCCAGCUGGUGGUGGAGGCGGAGCUGAAGAUGGCUUCUUCGUUCCGCCCACAAAGGGAAUAAGUCCCGCCCAGAUGUGGUGCAACAACUCACAGCUGGUUGUGGAUCACAUCCUGGCUGGAUCAUUCGAGACGGCAAUGAGGCUCCUGCACGAUCAGGUGGGAGUGGUGCAGUUUGGCGCGUACAAGCCGCUGUUCCUGCAGACCUUCUCCAGGGGGCGCACCUGCUACCUGGGCCUGCCCUCCCUGCCCUGCCUGCGCGGCCACCCGCAGCGGAACUGGAAGGAGGGCGGGGCCAAGCAGGGCCUGCCCGCCGUGGGGCUCCGCCUCUCCGACCUCAUCGCCCGCCUGCAGCAGUGCUACCAGCUGACCACCGCCGGGCGCUUCGAGGACGCCGUGGAGCGGUUCCGCGCCAUCCUGCUCUCCGUGCCGCUGCUGGUCGUCGACAACAAGCAGGAGAUCGCCGAGGCCCAGCAGCUGAUAACGAUCUGCAGGGAGUAUAUUGUGGGUCUCACCAUGGAAACAGAAAGGAAGAAACUGCCCAAGGACACUCUGGAACAGCAGAAGAGACUGUGUGAGAUGGCGGCCUACUUCACGCACUGCAGCCUGCAGCCGGUGCACAUGGUGCUGGUGCUGCGCACGGCGCUCAACCUCUUCUUCAAGCUGCGCAACUUCAAAACCGCCGCCGGCUUCGCCCGACGCCUUCUGGAGCUGGGGCCCAAGCCCGAGGUGGCACAGCAGACACGAAAAAUUCUGGCAGCGUGCGAGAAGACUCCAACCGAUGCCCACCAGCUGAACUACGACCCCCACAAUCCCUUUGACCUGUGCGCCGCCUCCUUCACCCCCCUGUACCGCGGCCGGCCGGUAGAGAAGUGCCCUCUGUCAGGGGCCUGCUACUGCCCCACCUACAAAGGCCAGGUGUGCCGCGUCACCCAGGUCACGGAGAUUGGGAAGGAUGUGAUUGGCCUGCGUGUCAGCCCUCUCCAGUUCCGUUAGUGAGGACAGCAAGCAGAGGACCAGGAAGGAGGAAGUUAUGGAAAAUUACAAACAUACUCCCUGUAUCUCUUGUAGAAUCUAACACAACGAAAUGUUCCCGGCUGGAACUUUGACCCAUUUCCAGUCAUCCGGUCUCUCUCUUUCCCACAAUGCCUCUCUUCGCUCCUGUGUAAAUGUACGACCACCUGUUGAAUCUGUUUAAAAUGCCUUUGCUAAUUGAUGUACCUGCAGCACUCGCUUUCCCUGUAUUACUGCUGAGAAAUUAAAUAAAAGCUUCACUGUCCUAGC